GCCCCCGCCCCAAGACCCGGAUCGGCCAGGAGUCCGCGGUUGAGUCACUUGGCUGCGCGCCGGCAGUGCCUUUGAAAGGCGGCGGGAGGCGGCGAGCGCGAUGGCGACCUUGGGUCUUCUGCUGAGCGUGCUGGGCCUGGUCCUGUGCGGGACGGCGAGCCUUGGGCUGUCCGCUCCUCCCGCCCCCACCUCCAAGAAGCCCAUCAUCGGAAUAUUAAUGCAAAGGUGCCAUAGUGAGAACAUGAAAAUCCUGGGAAAAUACUAUAUUGCUGCAUCCUAUGUAAAGUAUCUGGAGUCCGCAGGUGCGAGAGUUGUACCCAUAAGGCUUGAUCUUAAAGAUGAAGAGUAUGAAAAGCUUUUCAAAUCUAUUAAUGGAAUCCUUUUCCCUGGAGGAAGUGUUAACCUCAUGAAGUCAGGUUACGCCCACGUGGCCAAAAUAUUUUACAAGUUGGCCAUACAGGGUUUUGGUAAUGGAGACUAUUUUCCCACGUGGGGGACCUGCCUUGGAUUUGAAGAGCUUACGUAUCUGGUCAGUGGGGAGAGCUUAUUAACCCUCACAGAUACUGUUGGAAUUAAAAUGCCACUGAACUUCACUAGAGGUCCGUUGCAGAGCAGAAUGUUCCAGAAUUUUCCUGCUGACUUGUUGCUGUCAUUAGCAAUAGAACCUCUGACUGCAAAUUUCCACAAGUGGAGCCUCUCUGUGAAGAAUUUUACAAUGAAUGAAAAGUUAAAGGCAUUUUUCAAUAUAUUAACUACAAAUACAGAUGGCUAUAUUGAGUUUAUUUCAACAAUGGAAGGAUACCAGUAUCCAGUAUAUGGUGUCCAGUGGCAUCCAGAGAAAGCUCCUUAUGAGUGGGGAAAAUUAAAAGGCAUUUCCCAUGCGCCUAAUGCUGUGAGGGCUGCAUUUUAUUUAGCAGAGUUCUUUGUGGCUGAAGCUAGGAAAAACAAUCACCAUUUUGAAUCCGAUGUUGAAGAGGGCAAAGCACUAAUUUAUCAGUACCGUCCAGUUUAUACUGGGAACAUUUCUUCGUUUCAGCAAAGUUAUAUAUUUGAUUGAAAGCCUUCAAUGUGUUAACAGAGAAAUUUUGAUUAACUCCAUGAUUAAACUGUUGUAAUAACUUGCUACUCAUGACGAUAAUAGAAGGCCACAGAGAUUCCUUUUCUAUGAUGUUACUGGCUCUGAUUCUUCAUUCAGUAUAUCUGACUAUUUAUAUCACAUUUGAUAAUCAGUCAGUGAGACAGAUACAUAAUCUGAGUGUUUUUCAUGGAAAAGCUUUCUUUUAUCUGAAGAUUAGAAAAAAAUAAAAUUUAUUGAAAAUACAGAUACUUUAUUUUUUCUAACUGAUUGAUUCUGGAAAUACCACUCCCUACCCAUCCACCUACCUCAUCCUUGCUGAAGACUCUUUAUUUUUUUAUUAAUUUUUAUUGAGUUAUAAUUAACAUACAACAUUAUAUGAGUUUUAGGUGUGCAACAUAGUGAUUUGAUAUUUGUAUACAUUAUAAAAUGAUCAUCACAAUAAGUCCAGUUAAUGUCACCAUAGGAGAUUGUUACAGUAUCAUUGACUGUAUUUUCUCUGUGUAUAUUACAUCUUCAGGACUUAACUUAUUUUGUAACUGGAAGUUUAUAUCUCUUAAUCCCCUUUACCUACUCUGCCCUACCCCCUACCUUUCUCCCCUCUGGCGACCACCUGUUCGUUCUCUGUAUCUGUGACUGUUUCUGUUUAGAUGUGUUUGUUCAUUUGUUUUAUUUUUUAGAUCCCACAUAUAACUAAAAUCAUUCAGUAUUUCUCUUUCUCUGUCUGACUUAUUUCACUUAGAAUAAUACCCUUCAGAUCCAUCUGUGUUGCCACAAAUGUCAAGAUUUCGUUCUUUUUUAUAGCUGAAUAAUAUUC